ACAGUGGCGAGCCCGUGCUUCCCCGGCCUGCGGCGUGGGUGAAGGCAGACCUGGUUCUGGUUUAAGCCCCUUCACACUCCCUCUGCCACCGCCCGGCCGCUCAGGGUAGCCAAGGUUGCAUUGGCCACUUUCUCCACUUUCAGCUGUCUAAGGCUAUCUACCACUCCCGUGGAGAGAACGUGCCCACUUCGGCUCGGGCUGCUGGCACCUCGAGAGGUGUUUCGUUUUGUUUUGUUUCCCCUCCUUGUAAAAGUCCUGGUUCGCGACGGGUGCGAGGCGGGGAAGGAUGAGAAACUCCGUUCUUCUGCUCUGCUUCUGGAGCGUCUAUUGUUGCUUAGCCGUGGGAGGCCCCGCAACCCUUGGUCCAGAGGGACCGUUACAAGAUGAGCUCCACAAGUCCGAGGAUGCACAGGCUACUGACAAACCCUCCGUGAGGUUCAACCUCCGCAUCUCCAAGGACCCAGAGCAUGAAGGGUGUUACCUCUCCUUUGGCCACAACCAGACCCUGGAAGACUGUGGCUUCAACAUGACAGCCAAAACCUUCUUCAUCAUUCACGGAUGGACGAUGAGUGGCAUGUUUGAAAAAUGGCUAUUCAAACUCGUGUCAGCCCUGCAGACAAGAGAGAAGGAAGCCAAUGUCGUGGUGGUUGACUGGCUCCCCCUGGCUCACCAGAUUUACACAGAUGCCGUCAAAAAUAUCAGGCUUGUGGGACGGAGCAUUGCGAGGCUGCUCGACCAGCUGCAGGAGAAGGACAGUUUUUCUCUUGGGAACGUUCACUUGAUCGGCUAUAGCCUUGGAGCGCAUGUGGCUGGGUACGCUGGGAACUUCGUGAAAGGCACCGUGGGCAGAAUCACGGGUUUGGAUCCUGCCGGGCCCAUGUUUGAAAAGGCAGACAUCCACAGCAGGCUGUCCCCUGACGAUGCAGACUUUGUGGAUGUCCUUCACACCUACACGCGUUCCUUCGGCUUGAGCAUCGGGAUUCAGAGGCCCGUGGGCCACAUCGACAUCUACCCCAACGGGGGUGACUUCCAGCCGGGCUGCGGACUCAAUGAUGUUUUGGGCUCGAUUGCAUAUGGAACAUUCACAGAGGGGGUGAGGUGUGAGCAUGAGCGCGCCGUACACCUCUUUGUCGACUCCCUGAUGAAUCAGGACAAGCCGAGCUUUGCGUUCCAGUGCACGGACUCGAACCGCUUCAAAAAGGGGAUCUGUCUCAGCUGCCGGAAGAACCGUUGUAAUAGCAUUGGCUACAACACUAAGAAAGUGAGGAACAAGAGGAACAGCAAGAUGUACCUAAAAACCCGGGCGGGCAUGCCUUUCAGAGUGUAUCACUAUCAGAUGAAAAUCCAUGUCUUCAGCUACAAGAACACGACAGAAAUCGAGCCCAACUUUUAUGUCACCCUUUACGGCAUCCGUGCAGACUCCCAGAUGCUGCCGUUGGAAAUAGUGGAGCAGAUUGGGCUGAAUGCCACCAACACCUUCCUGGUCUACACAGAGGAGGACUUGGGAGACCUCUUGAAGAUCAGACUGACCUGGAAGAGGGCUUCUCAGUCCUGGUACAGCCUGUGGAAUGAGUUCCGCAGCUUCCUAUCUCAACCCAGAAAGUCCAAGCCGGAGCUGAAUAUCAGGCGCAUCCGGGUCAAGUCUGGGGAAACCCAGCAGAAAUUUACGUUUUGUGCAGAGGACCCUGAGAACACCAGCAUAUCCCCUGGCCAAGAGCUCUGGUUUCACAAGUGUCUGGAUAGAUGGAGAGUAAUAAACGAAACCAGGCAAACUGUGGAGCUUCUCUGAGGGUGCCCGCAAGGUCCCUGCCCUGCCUUCCAAGCACAUGGAGGAAUGUUACUGCUGAGGACCCACCUGAUGGAAGGACCCCUCUCGAUCUUGACCCUGGAGCACAGGGAAGAGCCUGCUUAGGGGGUUCAGGACCUUGAUUCCUACAACUGGGACUUCUCGCCAGAGGGGACCGUGCGAUGCUGUUCCUGCUGUUCCUGCUGCUGCCCUAGAAUCUCUCAAAGGCCAGAUCUGUGGCAAACAGCCAGCUUCCUGGGCCUCUCGUGCACACUGGGCUGGCUCUAGGACUGGAUGAGCCUGUGCAUCGCCCGACCGGGAGCCCUGGCUCUGUGCAAGGCUGCCUGGCCCACCCCACCUGAGUCACUGUGAGACCUUUCGGCUGGGAGCUGACUUAUGUCAGGAUGUCAGACCUGUGUCCUUGUCCACCCAGACAUGGUCGAUCUGGGGCAAGGCAGGGGCCCUCUUUGUUGGGGUUCACUGAACUGCACUGAUCAAUAUCGGUUCCUUUUUUUUCGGUAUUCUGUCCUGCUCCUUAACUCACUCUUGAAAGCACACGUCAUUGGCUUUCUUAUUUUUCUAUUGCUCAUUUUUUUGGAUUGAACAAAUUUUUUUUAUUAAGCACUUACCCUUAAUGGAGUUGAAAUGUCUAGACUCCCUUCCAGUUUAGACGAUCUGUGAAUAUACAUAUGUUGAAGGUACAAGGGACACUGGGGAGAGCUAGAGGAUGGAAGAGUUGGGGACCCUGAGGCUUGCAGUGGUUUCUGCCUGUUUUUUCUCUGUUAACAUGCAUUCCCCCAAAGAGCGGCUUGGUUGAUCACCAGCAGAGUAGCAAGCAGGUACCAUACAUGCUGGGGGCCAGAUGGUGGCCAAUUGCCAGAUACAGUUGCUUUGGAGCAAAAUGUCUUCUGUUCAGGGAGAUAGACCGUAUUACAUAUGUUAUACACAUCUGCUUAUCCAGAGCCGUCUCCUGUCAAACAGCAGGUGCGAAGAUUUAACCCAGUGUUUUUUCUUCCUUGGAAAAUUGUUCUAACUCCAGCCCCUUUUCUUUGUUGAACUUCUACAAAAGCCUCCAGUUCUUCAUUUGAAUUAAUAUACAUGAUACCUGAGAAACCCUUUUGUACUUUGCAAAAGAUUUUCACGUGGGUCACCUAAGUAGAGAUUAACAACAGGAGGUGAACAGGGAAGCUACGAUCCUCAUUCCACAAGACUGAGGCUCGGUGAGGUUCAGCCGCUCAGCUCAUAAGCUGGCAGUGGGGCCAGGUGAGGACUCAGAAUUCUUGGAGGCAAAAUCCACGACGUGUUCAUCUCUGCAACCUCGUUAAGACCUCCACAGCCAUUUCUCACCAGUUUGCCCUACAUGUGACAAGUGAAUAUUUUCCAAAGCCAUCCAUAAAGCUGUAAGCCCUUUUGUUACUAUGUAACUAGGAAAACUGUGCCAAUGGGUUGGGCUUUUACCGAUAAGAUUUAUUUGGAAGGAGAUAAGAUGCCAGAUGGGGUGAAGAGUGAUUUUUGUACUUAGGGUUUUUAAGGACACUGUUUUACUCUGUGCCAAAGUUGUAUCCUUGUUCAAUGCCCAACUUCAGAAGACAUAACUAGUUGAGUCAUAAGUCAAGGUAUUUUCUCAAUCCAAUUGUGUGCUUCCUCUGUCCUUUCUAUGACUGCUUUUUAGCCAAAGCAGAGCUUAUAUUACUGACGGUGCCUCCUGAUUGCUUCUGACCUGUUUUUAGUAAUGGAAGCCUUGGGAAUCGAAUCCUCAGUGGGUCCUGUAUUUAUACAUUUGGCUUGAGAACUUAUUUGUAUAUGACGAUGCUUUUCUUUUUUAAUGCCACGCAGAACAUUAUUUAUUUCUUAAACAUAUGUAAUGUAUAAAAACAAAUAUAUGGUUAGUUAUUACUUUUAAGAUUAACCAAUUUCAAGAUUAAAACAUUUUAAUAGUAAAAAA